GAGAAACAGGCAUUGCUACUAGUAGUGCGCGCUUCUCCCCGUACUCGACAAUGUCCCAGUCAGCUUUCCCUCCGAUGGAUUUUGCCCGGUUCGUCUGGCGCAGGUCAACAAAGGACCCUUCGAGAUACGUUCGCGAGGCCCACGGUGGCGAGGUGUUUGAGGAUAUCUUCAACCGCUUUCUGCACGGCGAACAGACCCUUUCCCUAGGAGUAGAGCUUCGCAUCACGUCUCCGGUAAAGACGACCGACCUUCUUGACCUCGCACGUUCCGCCUGGAUUGCCACUCGUCUGGAGAUCCCUACGAUUGCGGCAUCCACCGAGCAGGACCGCAAAGGUGACACUUUCAUCUCGUACCGCGCACUCAAAGACGAAGACGAAGCCAGGGCAUGGGCUGAGAAGACGGUGGUGCUUUAUGAGGAAACGGAUGACCUGAUGGAGGCACGAGUCGAGAUCGGGAAGAUCCCUCUCCCUAUUCCGUCUGGCGAACAGACGUUCAUCUAUAUCGUGCCCCGUUCAGAGAGGUCUUACGGAAUGCUCUUGUAUACCCACCACACCCCGUUCGACGGUGCAGCGAGCAAGAUCGUGCUCACCAAAUAUUUGAAGGUUCUGGCCAAUUACUUGGCAGACUCGUCUCUCUUGUCCUUCAGCGGAUACAAGUGGGGAGAGGAAGUCGCGAAUCUCCUUCCGCCGACUACGGAGAUUUUGGGGCCUAACGAGGACAAAAGCGGUGAAGGGUACCAGAGAACGUUGGGCACUGUGAUGCAAGAAAUGGCCACUGGUAUGCCUUGUGCUUACGGCUUCAAGGUGCGGGCCAUCGGACCGGGGACGACCCGUCGCGUAUGGCAUACGUUUUCGGUUGCGGAAAGCACCAGAAUGAUUGAUAAUGCGCGUUCGCUCGGAUUUACCAUCAACCAUAUCGCGCAGGCAGCUCUCUGCUUGAUUUGUGUGGAUGAUAAUCCACCGACGGAUUCCACACCUGCAGAUGCGGCGUUCGUAUUCAACGGUCUCGUGGACGGCCGGAACCGUCUCCUGGGCAAGUAUUCUAGCAGGGACGGUUAUCCUGGUUAUGCUCUCGCUAUGUCCCCGGUCAUCGUACGGGUGAGCGUCGUCACUUCUUCUGCCUCGCUGGGGACGAAAGGCCAGCUCCUCCGAGUGGCCGAGGUAGUCAAGCAGGAGUACAAAAAACAGCGUGAUUUUCCGGCUCUCUUGGCCAUUGCUUCCCAGGAGUCUGAGCUCAUGUUUGCGGGCUUGAAGGCGGGGACUGCUCCACCGCCCCCGCCGUCGACUGGUCCGUUCUAUGCAGCUGAUGGGCAAGGUGAACUGUACCUGGAUGCUGUAUACAACGAUAAACGUGGCCAGCCCGUCAUCGAAGUUGUGGACUUUUUCCAGUCGUUGAAUAAACAUGAUCCGGGGCCGUUUUUCCGGGGAUAUUCCUGGGCGGGCAAGUUUACACUGAGCCUUGAUUAUAACGAGUUCGCGAUGCCGACGGAAGUGGUACAAGGGUUCCUGAAUAAGUGGGUCGAGUUGCUAUCGUUGCUUUAGCUGUAAUAGAACUGCACCAGCCUCGAGGUCGCUCGAGUGAUUCACAGUGCACUGUGCCAGCUUUUCGUGUAAUGUAGGGUAGUCGCCCAAGGUUAACACCACUGCCAUGCCCCU